AAACAGAUGGUAUGAACCGGAAGAAGAACAUAUGUCCGCUAUGUCCAGCCGUCUCGUGUUUUAAUCAAGCUAUUUUAUCUUUCGUAGUCGCAGUUUUCAGGUAAACCGAUAUAAAAUUAUUUAUCGGAGAUGGGAGUUCCGGCAUUUUUCCGCUGGCUAAGCCGAAAGUAUCCAUCGAUCAUUGUGCACUGUGUGGAGGAGAAGGCAAAGGAGUGUAAUGGAGUUCGUAUUCCUGUUGACACGACCAAGCCAAAUCCCAACGAAGUGGAAUUUGACAACUUGUACUUGGACAUGAACGGGAUAAUUCACCCGUGCACACAUCCAGAGGACAAACCUGCCCCCAAAAAUGAGGAUGAGAUGAUGGUCGCCAUUUUCGAGUACAUUGAUCGAUUAUUUAAUAUUGUGCGGCCACGGAGGGUUCUCUACAUGGCAAUAGAUGGAGUGGCUCCUCGUGCUAAAAUGAACCAGCAGCGCUCGCGCCGGUUUCGAGCCUCUAAAGAAGGAGUUGAGCUGGUGGAGGAGAAGCAGCGCGUGAGGGAGGAGGUCAUUCAGAGAGGAGGUUAUCUUCCACCUGAGGAGAUCAAAGAGAGGUUUGACAGCAACUGCAUCACCCCAGGAACAGAGUUCAUGGACAACCUGGCUCAGUGUCUUCGGUACUACGUGGCCGAUCGUCUCAGCAACGAUCCCGGAUGGAAGAACGUUGUCGUCUUCCUGUCUGAUGCCAGUGUUCCAGGUGAAGGUGAACACAAGAUCAUGGAUUUUAUCCGGAGACAGAGAGCUCAGCCCAACCAUGACCCCAACACUCACCACUGCCUGUGUGGAGCUGACGCUGACCUGAUCAUGCUGGGUCUGGCCACACAUGAGCCCAACUUCACCAUCAUCAGAGAGGAGUUUAAGCCCAACAAACCACGGCCGUGUGCUCUCUGCGGGCAGAUGGGCCACGAGAUCAAAGAGUGUCAGGGCGUGGCCAGAGAGAAGCAGGGACAGCACGAUGAGUUUGCAGACACCAUGCCCACCUCUGAGCAGGAGUUUAUUUUCAUCAGACUCUGUGUUCUGCGGGAGUACCUGGCCAGAGAGCUGACCAUGGCCAGUCUGCCAUUUCCCUUCGACUUUGAGAGGAGCGUGGACGACUGGGUCUUCAUGUGCUUCUUCGUUGGAAACGACUUCCUGCCUCAUCUUCCGUCCUUAGAAAUCAGAGAGGGGGCGAUAGAUCGACUGGUCAACAUCUACAAAGACGUUGUACACAAAACUGGAGGUUACCUGACGCAGAACGGCUACGUCAACCUGGAGCGAGUUGAGAUGAUCAUGCAAGCUGUGGGCGUAGCUGAAGACAACAUCUUCAAGAAACGUAAAGAGGAUGAUGAAAACUUUAAAAGGAGAAAUAAAGAGAAACGAAAGAGAAUGAAAGCAGAAAGACAGGGCCCUGCUUUCCUGACCACCGGCCAGUUUGCCCCUCAGGCUCUCGGCAGAAGGGACCAACCCAACCCCGUCCAGAAUGCUCGGCACCAGGCCUACGAGAUGAGGAUGAAUUCAGAGCAACACAACAAGAAUGCAGCUCAGUCUCUGAAAGCCAUGAUGAGGAACGGUGGCAACUUGUCUGCAGGACCCAGCGACAGCUCGGAUAAAAGGGGAGUGAAGAGGAAACCCGAAGACAGCGACAGCGAGCCGGAGCCCGAAGACAACGUCAGGUUGUGGGAGGAUGGCUGGAAGCAGAGAUACUACAAAACCAAGUUUGAUGUGGACGUGACUGAUGAGGAUUUCAGGAAGAAGGUGGUUCGGUCCUACGUGGAGGGCCUCUGCUGGGUGCUGCGCUACUAUUAUCAGGGCUGCGCCUCCUGGAAGUGGUACUUCCCGUUCCACUACGCUCCGUUUGCAUCCGACUUCAAAGACAUCAAAGAGAUGUUCACAGAGUUUGAGAAGGACACCAAACCGUUUAAGCCUCUGGAGCAGCUGAUGGGGGUGUUUCCUGCUGCCAGCGGGAACUUCCUGCCCCCAUCAUGGAGGAACCUCAUGACCAGCCCGGACUCGUCCAUCAUCGACUUUUACCCGGACGACUUUGCCAUCGAUCUUAACGGGAAGAAGUACGCCUGGCAGGGUGUUGCCUUGUUGCCCUUUGUGGACGAAGGCCGGCUGAGGGCGGCUCUGGCUGACGUCUACCCCAGCCUCACAUCUGAGGAAGUGAGAAGAAACAGUCUGGGAAGCGACGUCUUGUUCCUGGGAAAGUCUCACCUGCUGUUCGACUUCAUCCAUGAACUCUACCGUGCAGAAGCUCAGGAGCUUGGUUCCCGUCAGGCCACGGAAAUCCCUGCAGAGCUCUGCCAUGGGAUCCAAGGGACGUUAAAUCUCGAUGACGCCCCUAUUCUACCAGAUAAGACGGUGAAGUCGCCGGUUCCCCUGCUGCGUGAUGUCUCACUGAGCGCUGCAGUCAGUGUGAAGUUCAAGGACCCUCGGUAUGCAGACUGCUUCGUGUUCAAAGCUGUCCUCCUGCCUGGAGCCAAGAUUCCCAGUAAGGUUCUGAAGCCAGGGGACUGGGAGAAAGGGAACAGGUCGCCGUGGAGACCCCAGCUGGGCUUCAACCCAAACAGACAUCAGGCUCAUCUGGACCAAUCAGCUUUCAGAGCUCUGAGUCACAGCGUGAACAGAAGCCAACCUGGAGGAGGCCAGUACAGCAGCACGCCGCCGCCAGGCAGCUACCACCAGGGAAGCUACCGUCCUCCACACAGCGGGGGCCACCAGCCCUUCCAACAUUCCAGGCAGAGCGCUUUGCUGGGAGCUCCGCCCUCCUUCCUCCAGCCCCAGUUCCCAAGGCAGCCGUACGGAGGCGGAGGUCACGGCUGGGCUCGAGCCAUGCAGGCGCAGCUGUUCCAGCCCAACGUGAGCCGUGAUCGCGGAGCGGCGGGACCAGGAGGCUUCCAGCAGCGCUACGACCAGCGCAGAGACGACUGGCCCGGCCGCCGGGACGAGCACCGGGACGAGCACCGGGACGAGCGGGGGCAACCGCGUCAGGCCUUCAGCUCCGGCAGGUCGUUCCCUCCUCCUCCUCCUUCCAGGAGGUACCACUGGAACUAACCCGGCGGGACGGAGCAGCUUUUUCUUUUACUGUCGUCUUGUUGGCUGAUUUUUUCUUUGUGGUUUUUAUGAUGUUAAACUUGUAAAAUCCCAGUAAUGUCCCCUUUGUUUCUGAGAGGAAUUUCUCCAAGUACCAGACUUAAAAACAGAAAAGUUGGUGUUUUCAGCCUAAAUUUGCCUCCAACACUUACCAGUUAAACCUUUAAUGAGUAGAAAGCAUUUCUCACCACUUUUCUUUUUCUGACAUUAAACAUUCAAACUUUGA